AUGUAUCGAUCACACGUGUUAAGGCUGUUUUUUACAAAUUAUAGAAUUUUGUGUUCCCUAGUUUUUUUUAUUUUGUGUCCAAUAACAGAAUCGUUUAAUGUUGACACUGUGAAUUAUGUGAGCUAUUCUGGACCAGAUAAAUCUAUGUUUGGAUAUUCUGUCGCAUUGCACAAGGAAUAUGGGGUACCUUCGGCUUUGGUGGGAGCUCCGCAGGCGGAUGCUCAUCAACCUGGAGUGAUAAGAGGAGGCGCUGUCUACAGUUGCGAUGUUCGAAUCGAUAAUCAAUGCCAAAUUGUACCAUUCGACCGAUAUGGAAACAAAAAUACGUCACGAGGCGAACAGAUGGACCAAAAGUCUGAUCAAUGGUUUGGAGCAACUUUGAGCAGUGUUGGAGUAAAUGGACCAGUUGUGAUUAGAUUUAGUGCAAUGUAUCGAUCACACGUGUUAAGGCUGUUUUUUACAAAUUAUAGAAUUUUGUGUUCCCUAGUUUUUUUUAUUUUGUGCCCAAUAACAGAAUCGUUUAAUGUUGACACUGUGAAUUAUGUGAGCUAUUCUGGACCAGAUAAAUCUAUGUUUGGAUAUUCUGUCGCAUUGCACAAGGAAUAUGGGGUACCUUCGGCUUUGGUGGGAGCUCCGCAGGCGGAUGCUCAUCAACCUGGAGUGAUAAGAGGAGGCGCUGUCUACAGUUGCGAUGUUCGAAUCGAUAAUCAAUGCCAAAUUGUACCAUUCGACCGAUAUGGAAAUAAAAAUACGUCACGAGGCGAACAAAUGGACCAAAAGUCUGAUCAAUGGUUUGGAGCAACCUUGAGCAGUGUUGGAGUAAAUGGACCAGUUGUGGCCUGUGCACCUAGAUAUGUCUUCAGAUCUAACACGAUAACCAGUACAAGAUCUAGUCAAGUCAACACAAGAUCUAAGGAAGAAAAGCGAGAUCCUGUUGGCACGUGCUACUUAGCCAAGAACAAUUUUACUGAAUUUGUUGAAUUUUCACCUUGCAGAACAAGUAAGGCUUUAGUGGGAGCUCCGCAGGCGGAUGCUCAUCAACCUGGAGUGAUACGAGGAGGCGCUGUCUACAGUUGCGAUGUUCGAAUCGAUAAUCAAUGCCAAAUUGUACCAUUCGACCGAUAUGGAAAUAAAAAUACGUCACGAGGCGAACAGAUGGACCAAAAGUCUGAUCAAUGGUUUGGAGCAACCUUGAGCAGUGUUGGAGUAAAUGGACCAGUUGUGGCCUGUGCGCCUAGAUAUGUCUUCAGAUCUAACACGAUAACCAGUACAAGAUCUAGUCAAGUCAACACAAGAUCUAAGGAAGAAAAGCGAGAUCCUGUUGGCACGUGCUACUUAGCCAAGAACAAUUUUACUGAAUUUGUUGAAUUUUCACCUUGCAGAACAACUAACUGGGGUUAUCACAGACAAGGAUACUGUCAGGCUGGUUUUGGAGCCGCCUUAUCUAAGGAUGGAGAACGUGUUUUUAUCGGCGCACCUGGAAGCUGGUAUUGGCAGGGUCAAGCCUACUCGGUGAAUUCGAAACUGAACUUUCCCUACAGUGUGCCCAAAGAUAUCGAAUUCGGAUAUAUUGACGAGAGAGGCCAAGUCCAUGCAGAUUCGGUUGGCCAAAGUAAAAGAGUUGCCGCCACUGGACCCAGUGCGGCCACUGAUGAUAAUUCAUACCUGGGCUAUAGUAUGGCAGCAGGUGACUUUACUGGUAAAGGAGAGCAAGGAGUUGCUGUCGGCAUGCCAAAUGGUCAUGGAUUGGAGGGAAAAGUUGUUCUAUAUACAUCUAAUCUAGAAAACAUCAGGAACGUAACUGGUGACCAGUUGGGAGCCUAUUUUGGAUACGCGAUUUGCGUAUCUGACGUUGACGGAGAUGGCCUAGAUGAUUUGAUAGUUGGCGCUCCAAUGUACACCGAUUUUAAAAAUAAUAAAGGAGAGUUUGAAACUGGACAAAUCUACAUAUUUUAUCAGAAGACACAGAACCAAUUUAGUACCAUGGAAACUCGAGCUGAUGCUAAAGUAUCCAGAUCAAGAUUUGGUAUGGCUCUUGCCAGCUUAGGUGACAUCAAUUUGGAUAAAUAUGGAGACUUUGCAGUUGGUGCACCAUACGAUGGUCCACAUGGAAAAGGUGCUGUUUACAUAUAUCACGGAUCUAAUGCCGGUGUGCGAAAGAAGUAUUCGCAAGUGAUAUUUGCUGAAGAUGUGGAUCCUUAUGUAUCAACUUUUGGAUUUUCUUUAGCUGGAGGCGUCGAUAUCGAUGACAAUCAAUAUCCAGAUAUGAGUGUUGGUGCAUAUAAGACGAACAAAGCGUUUCUUUUCAAAUCACGGCCAGUGGUGGAUUUGGAUGCUAAAAUCAUGUUUGAGCAACUAUCAAAAGUUAUAAGUUUGGACGAAAGAAAUUGCUCAUUGAAAAAUGGUGUGAGAGUUCCUUGCGUUCGGAUGAAUUCCUGUCUUACUUAUAAUGGAAUCGGAGUUGUUAAUGGAUUACAGUUCGAUAUAUCAUAUGUCCUGGAUUCUAAAAAAUUACGAACACCUCGUAUGUACUUCUUGAACGAUGAAAGAAACAACAUUUUGAAUAAAACCGUAUAUCUAACCAAAGCCAAUAAGUUAUGUGAAGAUAUGAGUGUAUACAUAAUGGACAAUAUUCGAGAUAAAUUGACUCCUUUGGAAGUAGAAAUGCGUUAUAAUUUACAUGGCGCUAAAGAGUAUGGAAGUGGCAGUGUUUUAGCACGCCGAAGAAGAGAUGUUUUACCACCUGUACUAAAUCAUGAUAGAGGUUUAGUUCAACGUGAUUCUUUGAACAUCCAGAAGAAUUGUGGAUUUGAUAAUGUGUGCAUUCCUGAUUUGAGACUAAAUACCACAACCGUUAAAAAAUACCUUCUCGGUUCCAAGGAGAGAUUAGGAAUAGAAGUAGUUGUGCAAAAUCACGGCGAAGAUGCUUUUGAGUCUUCCUUCUACAUGCAGAUGCCACCAGGCGUAGACUUUAAGAAAAUCGAAAGGAUUGAUAAAUAUGAAAGAGAUAUUCCAAUCACUUGUUCUCCACCUAAGAUCUCUAACAACAAUACUUUAAUUUGCGACAUUGGAAAUCCACUACCGCAAAAUAAAUACGUGCACUUCAAUGUACUUCUGGAUCCUUACCACAAAGCUGGAAUGAAUGCAAGUUACGACUUUUACAUGCAUGCAAACAGCACCAACCCUGAGAAAAAUGAAACUCUGAUCAACAACCGAAUGGAAAAGUCAAUUCCGAUAUGGAUUCAGACAAAUCUCACUAUAUCUGGAACCUCGUUACCACCAGAAGUUCAUUAUAACAAUUCGUUGUAUACAGCUGAGAAUAUAUCCCAUGAAUCGGAAUUGGGACCGCAAGUAUCUCAUAUUUACAGUAUCCGUAAUGAUGGACCAUCUACAAUAGAAGAAGCAGAGAUAUUCCUUGUUUGGCCAACGAAAACUCUUGAUGGUGAAGAUCUAUUUUACAUGUUAGAACAACCCGAACUAUCAGGAAAUAUAUACUGUUCACCUAUGCAGGACGUGAAUUCCAUGGGACUGAUUUUAGACAAAAAGAAGAGCAUAUUGGAAAGCAGUGGAGUGGUGAUUCAAAAUUCUGAUAAAUCUCGAUUUUCUUUGGAAGUUCCUGAUCCGUUGGGCAUUGGAAGUCGUUUUGGCACACCUGCUGCCUCGGUUUCAGGUCCUGGCAUAGGCAAACCAGCUUGGGGUAGUGAUUUAAGUGAAGAGGAUCGUCGCAAAUUAGAGGAUUCAGCUUUUAGUGGUGAUGCAUCAUUGAUCCAUCUACAGAGAAAUAAGGACGCCCAAAAGCAAGAAGAGGAAGCUCGCAAACAAGGCCACGGAGUUUUAUCCUCAGGGCAUAUAUCUGGAGUACGGCCAUCUGGAUCUGCUUCAGGCGGUGCAGGAGUUUCGCAUAAGGAGCAUUACAGCAGUUUCUGGGGUAAAGAUCGUGUUAGGAAGUUUGAAAAACACGACGCUGUUAUUACAAAUUUGGAUUACGAUCGCCAAAUCGAAAUACAAAAUCUCGGCCGCUUCUUAGAUGCUGGUGCUAAAAUAAGCAAGGAAGAAUUUGACAAAAGACUUGAUGAAUAUACUACAAAUAAUAUUUAUAAAGAAGAAGAUCGUCGAUUCUUGAGUAUCUGGGAACCCAGACUUGAUCAGUACCUGUUGGAUGGUCGCAAUAUUAAUGAAGAUGAAUAUAGAAGAAGAAUUUCAGAAUACGCUGAUCGUCUUGCUCCAUUGCCAAAGUUAUCAUCUGAAUUAGAAUCUCAGUUGAACGAUUUGAAAAAUUACAUAAUGGAGGGAAGAGAAAUUGAUCAAGAAGAAUACCACAAGCGCAUAAAUGAGUAUACUAGUCGUUACCUUCCCACUGGAGUUACUGGUUCUCUAGAUAAUUGGCGCAAGGAUAUAGGUAAAUAUUUAGAAGAUGGACGCCUUAUAGGAAAAACUGAAUAUCAUAGGAGACUUUUAGAAUACAUAAUUCGAUUGCGAUCACCCCAAAAGUCAUACACUGAAAUUAAAAAACCGGCUUAUUUGAAUCAAAAUAUUGUAGCGUAUUUAGAGGAAGGGCGAAAAAUAAGCAAUGUAGAAUACCGCAAGAGGUUAAUCGAAUAUGCAGCACAUCUCAGAGCAAGUGGUCAGUUAAACAGACAAUUCGCUGGAACUAACAUAGGAACAUACCUUGAUGAAGGACGUAAAAUAAGCGAGGUAGAAUAUUACAGACGAUUACAAGAAUGUGCAGACCGUCAAAAUGUAGAUGUAACAACAACGAGACCCAUUUCACCUGGUACCAUUUCACCUGGAUCAGAAGGUACCGCCAUCGUCUCUAGAACUUAUACAAUUAACGGGCAAAGAGUUAGCAAAGAAGAAUACCAACGUUACAUGAACAAUCUUGUCGACAGAUUAAAAACGAGCGGCCGAUGGAAUGAGAGAUACGACGCAAAUUUUGCUACUCUUGGUGAUUAUUUGGAAGACGCUCGUCGAUAUGGUGAUGAUGAAUAUUAUCGUCGAGUGCAAACAUAUCUUUCUAGAAACCCAUCAGCAGUAACCACCCAUGGAACUUUACAACCUACUACUAUUUUGCAAAAUGUCACGACCUAUACAUUCAAUGGGCAGCAAGUAAGCGAAUCUGAGUUUAGGCGAAGACUAAAUGAAUAUGCCGAUCAGUUGCGAGCAAGCGGGCAAUGGGAUCAGAGAUAUGAUACUUAUCCUAAUUUAGGAGUUUACCUCGACGAAGGCCGCAGGAAAAGCGAGAGUGAGUAUUAUCGUAGAUUACAAGAAUUUGCAAAUCGUCAUGGAUCAACAUAUAGACAACAACAAUCAUUCACUUACUCUUAUAAUGGUAGAGAAAUUAGCAAAGAAGAAUACCAUAGAAUAUUAGAUCAAUAUGCAGAACAAUUACGAGCUAGUGGUCACUUGAGUCAAGCUUUUGAUUCACGACAUUCUAGCUUGGAACAGUACUUAGAAGAAGGAAGAAGGCAAAGUACGGAUGAAUACUACCGGAGACUGCAGGAAUUCAUUUCACGAUCAGGCGGUUCUAUUGGAGGUACAACUGUUGUACGUUUUUCUGAAAUUGACAUGAACGAUAUAGGGAAAUAUUUAGAUGAUGGCCAAAGAUUAGGAGUGGGCGAAUAUCACAAGAGACUUGAAGCAUAUGCUAGAAUGCUGGAAACUUCUGGUGAGUUGAACAAGCAGUUUGAUUCUAGUCAUCGUGACUUAAGGCAUUAUUUGCAAGAAGGCCGCAGAAUAAAUGAAGCUGAAUACUACCGCAGAUUACAUGAGUAUGCAAAUCAACAGCAAUCAAGAACUGACUCUGAAGUAAAUCAUAUAAGAGGAAUGACCUAUGACGAUCUCAGAAGAUAUAUCGAAGAAGGUAAGAGAAGUGGAGAACAUGAAUAUCACAAACGGUUAUCUACAUAUGCCCAUUUACUGCAAUCUCGAGGAGAAUAUAAUAAAGUAUUUGAUAGCAGUAAUUCACAUAUUGGGCAGUAUCUAGAAGAAGGAAGAUCUAUAAGUGAUGUUGAGUAUUAUAGAAGGCUAGAACAUAUAUUACGCCAACUGCAAGCGCAACCAGUCACACAAACAACCACUCCAAGAUAUAUAAGCAAUAUCGACAGUAGUGAUAUUGCUCGAUAUUUGAAUGAGGGCCGAAGAAUUGGUGCAGAAGAAUAUCAUAAACGUCUUGAAGAAUAUGCACGUAAAAUUCAAAGUAGUAGCAACGUCAACAGAAACUAUUUCGAAGAAGGACAAAGAAUGGGCCAAGAUGAAUAUUAUCGCAGAAUACAAGACUAUGCUAAUCAACAUCACGCAAAUGUCGAAUCCUCAUCCACUAGUCAUAUACAUAGAUUAGACAUGAAUAACAUUAACGUUUACCUCGAAGAAGGACGCAAGAUGGGCCAAAAAGAAUACCAUAGAAGACUUGCUGAAUAUGCUAGAGAACUUUAUUCCACUGGUGCUUUGUCUGGUAGCUAUGAUAACCAGCAUCCGAAUUUAGGACGAUACCUCGACGAUGGCCGCAGAAUAAGUGAUGAUGAGUAUUACCGCAGACUACAGAGUUAUGCAAAUAAGCAAACAUCUAACUCAGAAGCUACCAUACAACAUAUAACACAUAUAAAUAAUAAAGAUAUAUUGCACUAUUUUAAUGAAGGCGAACAACUUGGUUAUCAAGAGUAUCGUAAUCGCAUGAUGGAUUACGCUAACAAAAUCCAAGAAAGUGGUGAAUUAAAUCAUAAUGCUGAGAUUGCUAGAUACUUGGCCGAGGGCAAAAGAAUAGGAGAACAAGAAUACAUUCGCAGACUUAGAGAAUAUGCUAAACGUGUUUACUCAAGAUUUGAAACUGGCUCUUCGUCUAGCCAUUCACAGUCAACUCGCACUAAUGAUCAAUUUAUUACUUUUAUUAAUGAAGGGCGCAAGAUCAGUCAAGAAGAAUUUAGAAGGCGUCUUCAGGAAUACGAGCGAAGGCUCCAAGAAAGUAGUGAUUUAACCAGAAACGUUGCCAUGAGUCGGUACUUGGAAGAAGGGCGUUCAAUCAGCGAUGACGAAUUUUACCGAAGGUUGCAGGAAUAUGCUUCUAGACAACAAAACAAGGGAACACAUUCUGUACACCACAUAAGUGAAGAAGAAUACAGAAGAAGAUUAGAAGAGCAAUCUAGACAUUAUCAGUCGUCUAGCGAAUCAUCAGUUCAAGUAGGUAGAGAUUGGUCAACUGAAAUCACGAUCAAUCCGGAAUUGUUACAUUCAGGCGGUGCUGCUUCACGAUAUGGGAGUACAUAUAACAGAACUAUUCAUAGAGAUGGUGAAAUUAGUCAUGGAACAGUGAGAUACGGUUCGAGUGCUCACCAUUCUGAGGAAGAAAGGAGAAGGCACGAAGGUGUUGAUUUUAGGCACGAAUCAAGUUUUGGUACAUCUGGAGGUCAUGGUGGUUUCAGGACAUCCGCUAUAGAUCUGAGUGGUCAUGAUAGUCGACAUAGUUUCUCGCACAAAAGUUACGAGGAUAACGAUAGAGAUUUAGGUGCAGACGAAGACGAUUACGAUUAUAACGACUAUACUCCACACAGUAUUGGCGAAGGCAUAACGGCCGCAUAUGAGCACCCUUACGAAUCAUCAAGUCAUGCCCAUAGAGAACAUGAUAAAAAUAGAGACGGUCAUCAGAUCAAAUAUUACGAUCGAUUCAAAAGACAAACGGAAGAAUCCAUUGACUUCGAUAUUCAAAAUGCCAUUACAUGCAAUGCUACAAAAUGCGCAAUGAUGCGUUGCCUGGUUGGACCACUUCCAACAGAUGCAGAAACCUGGAUCUCCUUUAGAUCCAGGGUGAACGCACAAACUUUACGAAAGAUCGGUUCAAAUAGGAACGUAGUUCUAUCAUCUCUCAUGGUAGCUCAUGUUACAAAGUUACCAUCAAUAGGAGUUCCAAAAGUAUCAGAACUUAUAUCAAGGGAAGUAAAUACGACAGUUGCGCCCUCUGAUCCUUAUAUUAAACCUGAUAUUGUUCCACUAUGGGUUGUUGUUCUUUCGGCAGUAGCUGGGACGAUAAUUUUGCUUCUACUUAUCUAUUUAUUAUACAAGUGUGGCUUCUUCAAGAGAAAUAGGCCAUCCAGUUCUCCUGAAAGACAACCAUUAAACAGAAAUGGUAACUAUCAUGGAGAUGAACAAUUAUAACAAAUUGACGAGUCAAGAAGAACUACUGCCAUUAAACUAUAAGAAAUGUGAAAAUUGUUGAAAAGCAGUGACUUUUAUAAAAUAUCAACAACAAUUCUGUGUGCCAUAUGUGCCAAUAUAAACUUAUUUUUGUAUGUUUGUAUUUAAUAUUUAUUUAAAAAUUUAGCGACACGAAAAAAUAAGAAGCAAUAUUAUUGAUCUAAUAAACAGGCUGCUUAAAAAUACCUCUAACUACAUUAGUGAUUAAAUUAUAAAUUAGCAAUUGCGAAAGCUUUUUAUAAUACUAACAAAGAUAUUAAUGUGGCAGCUGAAGUAAAUGAUACAUCUGGUAGCUAAUAUACUGUGAUGAAUAUUUUUGCUUAUUACAAAUGUUAUUAAAUUGUAUAUUAUUAUUAUGAGUACCAAUUUGUAAAUAGGAAAUAUCUUUAUUCA